CACCAUGGAAACAUCCCAAUUUACUCACAAUUUCUUACCAUACUAUUUUAAGAACGUGAAGAUUUCAGCUUCUUAGAAUAUUUUAUAUGAAAUAUUUUAUUGUAUUAUAAAAAAUGACAUUUGUAUUACGACCGCUAUAUCUACUCUGUAUGAAGCAAAAAAUAUGUACACCAAAAAGUCACUUGAUAAAACUGUCUAAUCACAAAAUUCAUACGUCUAAAGUUAUGUUUCAUGGUGAAUACGAAAUGCAGGAUCCUAAAACGGAGGCUGAUAUAGUUAACGUCACUUUUAUUGACAAAACAGGCAAGAAAGUUAAAGUAAAAGGGAAAGUAGGAGAUAAUGUGCUUUAUUUAGCUCAUAGGUAUGAGAUUGACAUGGAAGGUGCAUGCGAAGCCAGUCUAGCGUGCACAACUUGUCAUGUGUAUGUACAUCAUGAUUAUAUGGACAAACUUCCAAUUCCUGAUGAAAGAGAAGAAGAUCUCUUGGAUCUAGCACCUUUCUUAAAGGAAAAUUCUAGGCUAGGUUGUCAAAUAAUUUUGAAGAAAGAAUUAGAUGGCAUAGAGCUAGAAUUACCUAAGGCAACUAGGAAUUUUUAUGUGGAUGGACAUACUCCUACUCCGCAUUAAAAAAAUUUUUUUUUCUUAUUGAAGUUAAAUAAAUAUGUAAAUACUUGGUGGUGACGUCCGCCGCACAUUCCACAAGACAUUCCACACCAAUGUACAGCUUUAAGUGGAGGAUAUGUCCACAAGCAAGGAACGAUCA